AUGCCUGAACCUCGCCCCAAAUGUCUGAAGAAAGUGCUACAUGCUGGUCGUGGAACAGUGCCGGAGUAUCGAGACGGUACCAAGGCGAUAUUCCACUAUGAGACAGAUGACUACGAAGUUAUUGACAAUACAAGACGACCAUGGCCAGAUGGAUAUGGCAAGCCGCUGGAGCUGAUAUUUGGCAAGAAAUUUCAAUUACCGGUGUUUGAGACAUGUUUACGGUCGAUGUUAGUCGAUGAGGUCUCCCAAUUUGAUGUGGAACUAACUGAGCUCUGUACAUAUCCAAUGGUGUCCAAAAAGUUACGGGAUCUGUCCAAACCACACGACAAAGGAGGUGGCCACUCACAUGAUUCACACAUGUGUGCAGCCGCUUUGACAGCCGGGACCGGCUAUGCUGUUUUGGACGAUUUGAUGCGAAAUCCACGUCCGCUAAGAUUCAUAUUCCAUUUGUUAUCCGUGACUCAACCUGAAGACUAUGAUCGCAUAAAGCUGGCAACUGGAAAAACUACACCCGAAGCGAUAGACAAGUACAGAGAGGCACUUGGUCGUCUUGAUACGUUGAUUUUGAGAGAAAAACCGGGUGAACCUGAAUGGGAGGAAUUGGAUCGAAAGAAUGUCUCACUGUAUUCGAAUCUAUCCCAAUGUUACCUGAACGUCGGCAACAUGUAUGAAGCCGCUGAGACAGCAUCCGAGGUUCUAUCCCGGGAUCCUGAUAACGAGAAAGCGCUUUACCGAAGGGCAAAGGCACGGAUUGCUGAAGAAGAUCUCAAACGAUUAGCCCAGCUGCCAAACAACCGACGGGCGUUCGUGAAAGCCGAACUCGCAGUAGUGGCUCAGAAGAGAGCGGAAUUAGCUGCAAGCAAAAAAGAGACCUACUCCAAGAUGUUCAAAUAG